AUGCCGUUCUAUGUUCUCAGCAUGGAAUGUAUAACAAUUAUGAAAAAAAUAAUUGGGUUUACCCCAGCACUCCUUCAAGUUGUCAUGAUGGGGGAACUUGACAUGCCAGUAAGACAGGCAGGCGUUAUAUACCUAAAGAACAUGGUAGCACAGUACUGGAAAGAUGCAGAGUAUGAGGCUGGUGAGCCUAUUCCAUUCCACAUUCACGAGCAGGAUCGGGCCAUGAUCCGCGAUGCCAUUGUCGAUGCAGUUGUUCAUGCACCAGAUCUUAGUACAGCUUGCUGUCGCUGGACGACCAUUGUCGACAAGAUUAGUAUUUAUCUUCAAAAUCCCGACACAAAUCUCUGGAAUGGCAGUCUCCUCUGCUUAUAUCAGCUCGUCAAGAAUUUUGAAUAUAAAAAGAAGGAAGAACGGGGUCCACUUCAUGAGGCAAUGAGAAUGCUGUUGCCAAUGUGUUAUGAGCGUAUAGUUCACCUUCUGCCAGAUCCCUCUGAACAUUCAACGUUACUACAAAAACUGAUUCUUAAGAUCUUCUAUGCUCUUACACAGUACCACUUACCUUUAGAGCUGUUGAGUCGAGACACCUUUACACAGUGGAUGGAGGUCACACGACAGGUAGCCGACAGACCUGUGCCAGACCAGACGUUACAGGUGGAUGAGGAAGAGAGACCAGACUUGCCAUGGUGGAAGAUCAAGAAAUGGGCAUUACACAUCUUGGCCAGAAUAUUUGAAAGAUUUAGAGAUAUUAGGCCACAUGACCGUUUUGUGGAGAGGAACAAGGAAAAUGAUAUCAUCAUAAGAGACAUUUGUGUAAGUAGUGGCCUAGAUCCCUAA